UUUUUUUUUUUUUUUCCCCUUGGAAUCUGCAAUGAAACCAUGUGAACGCCCCUGGAACAAUGACACCUUCAAUGUAAUAACUUAUUAUUACGGGCAUCCGUGCUUCCCAGUGAACCACUGGAGCAUGAGGUGCGGAUACGAUCGUCAUACCUCCGCAUUCAUGACCUGGCGGAUUACCUCCACAGCUACGCCGAGGUACUUUGCCACGGCAUCAGCCGGUUUAAAUAUCAAUCAUUCAUUGCUAAUUCUUUAAGAACAUCUCCAUUAUAUAAAGGUUUGUUCUUAGCCUGCCAAUACCUUGUUUAUCCAAAUCGCUCCUUACACCGGAACCAUAUAUUUUUUUUGUUACGCAUAUUGAAGCACCGUGUCAUAAUCAAAAAAGAUGCCUAUCGCAACUGGUGUUAUAGAAUCCCAGGUUCACUUUAACAAUUGGCCAAAUGAUCGAGGCUUUGAUGCAAACUACGAAGAGAAGUCUCCUAUAGAGCUCACGGUCACCGGCUGCAUUCCAUCCUAUGCUGCAGGAGUGCUCUAUCGCACAGGACCAGGCAAAUAUAAGGUCGAAAGGGAGAGUGGGGACACAUUCCAAGUAUCUCACUGGUUCGAUGGCUUCAGCGAAACCCAUCGCUUUCAGCUUGUUGCCCCAGAUACUACCCACUCUUCCCUGAGAGUCUUUUACAAUUCCCGCUUCUCGACGGAUUAUUUGAUCGAGCAAGCGAGAAAGACCGGCCGUCUUGAGAAAAUCAGCUUUGGCCAAAAGCGUGAUCCUUGCCAGACAGUAUUUCGGAAGGCACAGAGCGAAUUUAACCCUGAUCCCUCCUCAGCCAACGUCGGCGUGACACUCUCCGUCAACAUGCCAGGGCUUAAUAAGACCAUGGAUGAAAAUCAGCGGAAUAUCGGACGCUGGACCGGUUCUUCAGGGAUAAAAACUCUAUAUGCAAAGACAGAUUCCACUUCUUACAAGAAGCUCGACCCCGAGACCCUUGAACCCGUAGGCCUGGCCUCACAAAAGGAUCUACAUCCUGACCUGGAUGGGCCUUUGUCGGCAUCUCAUGCACGUUCCGAUCCCAUAACGGGGGACGUUUAUAAUUUCAACCUCGCUUUUGGUAAAUCUUCAACCUAUCGCGUCUUCCAUGUGUCCACCUCAACAGGGAAAACUACAAUCCUUGCUACAUUCGAGGGAACACCUGCAUAUCUCCAUUCUUUGUUUCUCUCAAAGGACUAUGUUAUUCUAUGUGUGUGGAACUCUCAUAUCAACCCCUCCAUGCUAGAGAAAGGCAGCUUCUUGCAAGCCAUCCAGUCAUUCGAUGCAACCCGGUCUACCAAGUGGUAUGUGGUGGACCGCACGCAAGGCCAAGGGCUCGUCGCUACAUAUGAAAGCUCUCCAUUCUUCUGCUUCCAUACGAUUAAUGCCUGGCAAGAGUCUUCAGCAAGUGGCACCGGAGUGGACAUUGUAGCAGAGCUUGUCAGAUUCGAUAACACCGAUACGUUGCACACUCUAUACUAUGAGAACCUCGUUUCUUCAUCGGCCGAAGCGAAAGCUCACGCCCAGAUAAAGAAAGACACUUGCCGCUCGGAAUUUGCCCGUUUUCGUCUUUCAAAUAUCCCUACCAGCCCUAGCACCGAGAUCAAGACUGCGACAGCUGAGUGGAUGUCAUGCAAAGCCUUCUCUCCCGAGUUGCCAACUAUGAAUCCAAAGCUGGUCACGCAAAAGCACCGAUACACGUACGCCAUAACUGCCCGUGACGAAUCGACUUUCUUCGAUGGAAUAAUCAAAUUCGACAGCCAAAGCAAGGAAACGCUUCUGUGGAAUCACCACGCCCAGUCUCCCGGAGAGCCGAUUUUUGUUCCCCGUCCGGACGGCCUAGAAGAAGACGACGGAAUCCUCCUCAGCGUGGUUCUGGAUGGAUACUCAGGUAAAAGCUAUCUGCUUUGUCUUGAUGCUAGAACACUAAAGGAACUGGGUAGAGCACAUGUCAAUGGGCCUGUUGGGUUUGGGUUUCAUGGCCAGCAUAUUCCUGCUAAUGGAGCGCCUACUGGUGAUUACUAGUUGACCUUUCGCUAUGCUCUUUGUUUGCAUUAAUUUUAUUGUUCAUUCUAUCUUGAGGUGAAAAGGCUCAAUAUUUCCUGUCCGCUCUUUUAUAUAAUUGCUUUGCGUUUAUCAAUGGAGAGUCUGAUCUGACAUUGCGAAGAUUGACUUACUGCUUCAUAUAACGUUCUCUGCUCUGUGCAAUGCUUCGAUCGUAU